AUGACGUCGCGUUUGAUUGCGCCGUUGUUGGAGCGGUUGCAGGAGUUCGUGGGUCCUCGAUGGCAGUACUGGUUGACGUUGCAGGAGGCUCGUUUGUGGGGUAUGUCUCCGGAGUUAGAGUUUCGGGACGUGCCUUUACCACAAGGUAUCAUGACGUUGGCAGCGUUACCAUUGGCGGUGGAUUAUAGUAACAUCCGGACGGUGCGUGCCAAGUUCAGUUGGCUAGGUAUUUUGGGUGUCGGCGGAGGCGGGAAGAUCGAGGUGGAGGCGGAGGAUGCGGAGGUACGGCUGCGGUACCUGUACCCGUCGGAAUGGAACCAUGUAUCGCAGCAAAAAACCUUCGGUCGAAAGGAACGUCGGAAACUGAAGACUUGGUCGGAAUAUGCCAGUAGUGGUAAAAGGCGAUUACCAACCGGUGGCUUCAAAGAGACCCUUACUGCGCGUAUUCUAGGUGGCUUGAAUGUUAAGUUGAAGCGAGCACACAUUACUCUCGCCGAUGAUGUUUCUAGCCAUUUCCCAAGUGCGCUGGAAGCUGUCAUUGACGAAUUGCGAGUUUCGGCGCCACCUGCCGAAAACAACUGGCUCACACCGCUCGAACUGGAAGGCACCAAGAAACACCUGUUCGAGACCCUCUGGAUCCGAUUCCUCGGUUUCCAUAUCUGGUUCAAGGAAUGGGAGGUAUCACGCAUGCCCAAUAAGCGAAACAUGUUCUCCUUCAUGGUCGAUAGCUAUCCCACACACUCUACCAGUUCCGCACGGUACAAACACCCCGUCACCGACCAACAAAGACAGACACGAAUGCUCUUUAACAACAUUUGGGACUCACUCAACCUCCAUCUUAAGCAAGCUAUCCAACAAGCCAGCGAACAGAAACAAACAAAUCGACCCCGCCAAGCACGUGACGAAGGACCCAAACGAGUCAGUCGAACGGAGUCUGACGCUAGAGGCCGUCAAGAUGAUGAUCUCCGAACAAAAAAUCUCGAGACAAACGGCCUCCGAUCAGUCUCUGAAUCAAAUGGGACGAAGCAUCCGGAUCCUGCAAACCUGACACAAAGACUGAGUCGAAUGGAUACGUGGCACGCAAAUGGAUCGAGCGAAUCCAUAUUGCAGAUCGAUGAUGAAGAGCUCGAGGAGAUAAUUCAACACACUCUUCUAAACCAAGGAGUACAUGGAGCAGCCGUUGUCCGGUCCCCCCGAAAGGGUGGUGGCAGCAGGCGCUGUGUUAGAAGACACACCGACGUCAUGCGCGCCUGCCAUAUGACUCCUGACCCGUCUCUUGAUCCGUCACGAGUUUCGCGCCAUCGGCCGCCGGGGGUCGGCACAUCUCGAGCCAAAAGGAAAUGUCUCCGUUGCCGUUCUCGGCGGAUGGAGCGCCUCAAGUUCACACUACCCAAAACGCCUAGAGAAGACCUACCUGGUUUGGACGACGUGUUCCUGGAAUGUUACGAAGAGGACGAAGACGGACAGCCCUAUUCUCUGAGUGACAGCGAUCACAGUACUCUACAUGGCAACGUCUUUUACGACGCUGAUGAGGUCUACGGUUAUGUACCGUCUAUUCUGUUUGAUCCACUGGAACUUCAUUGCGCUGGUGUCCCAGAGGAAGACGGUAAUCGUUCGGUAGCCACUAGUCGCUGGCUCGAUCCGAAGCUAAGUUCUGCAAUGACGCCUGACGUUGCCGCCCGCAGUAGUCCCGGAGUCGCCGACAGUAGUCCUGGGUCAACCAGAGCGUCACCGGACCGUCACGACCAAACACCGGUUGCGCCGGUUAGCUCCAGUUCGUGUUCUUCGGAUGAAUCAUCCGAUCGAGAAGAAGACAUAAUUGGGAAGCUGCGCAGGUACCGGGUGUUUGACUCAACGACUCUACAGAAUCUGACGAGCAAGAACACGCAUGCCUGGCGGGUCACGGCUGCCGGAGGUAUUCAGAUGCACGUGAUUACAAAAAAAUGGAAUAUAAGGGCGCUGUCGGUUUACGACUUGCGAGACCAGCCCAUGAAGGGAACUUCAAUUACUUUUUGUGCGCAUCGGGCGAAGCGUGGCCAGGCGUUGCCGGCCGAGAAGGACGAGGACGUCGAGGUAAUGGAGCUCUCCAUUUGCCCAGCCGCGAUGGAGACGAUAUACUGUAUAAUUCGGCAUAUUGAAUUAUUCGGUGCUUUCGUCAAAGGGUCUUCUCAGCCCCUCAAACGAACCAUCGACGCUGCCACUGCGGAGCGGUACGUCGCAGCCCUGCGGAAGCUGGCUAAGGCGAAGGGAGCCAAAGAGAGAGAAAAAUAUGCGGACGACGUGAACAAAGUAGAAAGCGUAUACAGGAUUACUGAGCUGAUGUAUUUGCGAGAAGUGGCUCAUGAUCCGCUUAAGACUACCAUCCAGGCGCUCGCGACUAACCGCAGAGUGACGCGAACGGGUCUCCCGGGUGCGGGCAUCUCUGGUGUCGCGAGCAUGGGCAUCCCGGGACCUGGCCCGAGUGCACGAACCGAUAACAGUGGGCGCUAUGAGACCACAAGUGACAAAUUCUGUCGAGAGAUUAAUUGGUUUGUAAACGAAGGAACGACGACCAUCCGGCUCUGUCGGAUCAAGGCAAUUCUGAUUGGCGAAGUCAAGCCGGGCUACCUUGUCCAGGAACAUCGCCUUCAAGGAUUUGGAGAACAUCUGCCACACCCGCUACGGGUCGCUUAUCCGGCGCCUCAGACUAACAAAAGACCGUCACCGCCCAUUUGGAAAGAAUUCGAUCUGAAUAAAAUCAAGCACACUCUUUCAUCUAUGAUUGGAUCAUCCAGACUUAUUGGAACCGAUUAUGUCCACCUGGGCGUCUACAACGAAUCUAUUACCGCCCUUAUGUCUAUUAAUAUAGUUAUUCACAAAUGGACCCUAGAUCAAAAGGGUACCUAUAUCUAUAUUAAGAACCUUUCUGCGUUCCGAACACCCCAAACACUUCACGUGGCUGGCAAUCCACACACUCCUUGUCAUCCCAAAUGGCAACUACCGGCGGUGCUGGUAUAUCCGCAACCCCUACUGGAAUGGCCAUCCGAUCUAAUCCUGUCGCCUUUAGCCACCAUGGAUCGAAAUAGGAAUGCCGCCAAAGUGUCAUGCUGUUUAAGACGUGUAGCCAGCGUCAGGGAGGCCACAUAUCCCACUACCGAGGACCACAUCAAACUCGUAUCCGACAAUCAGCAAUACAACAUGCAAUUGGAUGAAGCAGGCGUUCCAUUUAUCAAUUACGGCAACAACAACGUUAGGUUCGCAUUGCCGCUUUAUUACAAGUCUUUUAUAUCUUGUUUCGAAGGAGAAACCGAUUUCUUGAUUGCUAUUGAGGAUCGGCAAGAGAUAUCCAAUAGGUGGACUCGGGUGUUUAUACCCCGGAUUUUCCUGGAUUUAUCGGGGACUUUGGAUAUGCUGGAAAUCAUAAUCCCAAAUCUCAGAUUAACCAGGGAACUCAUAAGGGAUUACGACAACCCAGCGAGUGAGCCGGUGGCAAAAUAUACGAAUAUAGGCUAUAAUUGCUCCUCGAUUCACAAGUGGAUAGAUGUGUGCCUGGCCGGUGGCUCGGUGAGUGUUAGCCCGAAGAGCGCCCGGGUAUGGCGAAGGCUGAGGACGGAGGCGGAGAUUUAUGCUUUGGGUUCCAUCAAUCCACGUCAAUCGGUUUACGUUGACAGGACGCAGUCCCUGUUGAAGCUGCGAAAUACGUCAAUUAUGGAUGUUUUGGUUGUAUUUAAUCAAAUUUUUGUUCAUAUCUUGCCGGACGGACCUCAGCUGAUCGACGCCAAACGGAUUUCGGUGGCUCUCCACCAGAAGCGCUUGACCUCCCACGGUGAAGGAGGCGGGCAACAUUACCUCACUUCGAUCAGUGGUCUGAAUGUGGACCGGGGGACCUCACCCGGUCUGACGGGUACUCAAGGCGGAGCCUUUCCAGCUCAGGGCGCCACAACUCAAGGCGCCACAACUCAGGCCGCGGCGAAUCAAGGAGCGACGGAGACGACGCCGAAAGGCUUGAUUGAUAUUCGCGAAUUAGGACUCAGUGUACUUUCAACUGAGGGAGAAGGCCAAAACCCUUCAGGCCGUGCGAUUCACGUGGAAUUCGGCGAAGUGCAGUGCAACGGCGUCGCAGCCGCAGUGGAACUGGCGUUGACCGCCUCUGAGCUGUCGGACGCCGUGGACACGGCGCAGCUCCGCAGGCUCGAGCGCUGCCUGCGCCAGUUCACGCAGCACCGGGACAUCGAAAUCGUGCGGUCCGACUUGGUGCCUUCCGAGUUCAAGACGAAGCGCCAGGACCUGACAAAGCGGCUGGUCAAGCCGGUGGACCUGGAGACGCUGCGCAAGUUCGGGGCCGCAGGCUCUUCGAUGGUCGUCACGGUGAUGGGCAGGCUGUUCUCCGUCGUCGGCGACUGCUCAGAGGAGACGAGCGUGCACUUGGGGCUGCACUACCCCUCGUUCUUGCUCGUGCAGGGCCUGACGACCGUGGACCUGCGGGCGGGCGUGAACGAGCUCUCGGGCGUGCUGGCGACGCCGCAGGGUCAGGUGAUCAAGCCCUUCCUGAGCAAGCACGUCGCGCACUUAAUGGUCUACGGGCACCGCCUGCCGCCGGCGGACGCCGUGUGUCUGUCCCGGGACGGCGCGACUGUGCACACCGCGGCUGCGCUCGCCGCGGCCUCGCACCCAACCACUGCGCAUAGUGUGACUACGCACGAGCGCUACAAUGCGCUCCUUAGUGUGACGCCCUCGCGGAUGGAGCCGUUGCCGGCGAUCCAGCCGCGACGGCCGUGCGACCAGCCGGUGUCGGAGGCGGCGGUGCCGGAUAGCGUGCGUGCGUGCCGCGUGGGCGGCGGCGACUUGGUCAGCGAGGUGGCGGCGGACCUGGAGGAGUUUUUCGGGGCGCUGGCGAGUCGGCAGCAGGCGAGCGAGAUUUUCGCGGAGACGGUGGCCGGCGUGAUGACGAGUUUCGAGCGCGAGACGAGUCAGGUGCAGUUUUCACUCACGCGUGCAGAGAACGCGACGGAGCUUGCGGCCACGAUGCAGACGCUCUUCUGCUUUCUGGACGAGGGCGUGAUUGCGCUGCUCAAAGCCGAGGCGGACGGUGCGUUGGCGCGACUGCGGCGCAUGGGUGGCGAGGCGCCGCUGCUGACUGUCUUUGGCGACCCGACACAGGGGGCCGAACCCCCGACGGCGCGGGAGCCGUUGCCGUGUCGUGCGUUGGUGCGGCACAACUUGGCGCUGCCCUCGGAGUUGCUCAAGGGGCGCAUCCGGACACAGCAGGAGGCAGCGCGGCGCGCGCGUGAGGCGGAGCAGGCGCGUGUGGCAGCGUUGCCGUCGCGACUGCGCCUGGCGCUGCAUCUGCCCUCGCUUUUCGUAGGGCUCGCGCCGGGUGCAGCCAAGGUCGCCGCGCUCUUCCAGCUACCGACCACGCGCGAGGUCUGCGCCACACCGCUCGCGGACUGCGCGGCGCUCUACCUCGCCAACGUCGACGCCUUCCCACGCGCGGUCAUCAGCCCGCGCCGGCACCGGGCACCUGCGCAACUGGCGCUCGACCUCGCCGACUACCUUGGCGCCCCGCCCCUCGCACGUAGCGUCCUCCUCCUCGAGCGCAAUAGCCUCGUCGGCCUCCGCCUUGGCGCGCAGGAGGUCUCGGUUGAACUGCGCAAAACGGCCGGCAAGAAACUCGCCAGCUUCCACACCACCCAACUAUCGCUCUCGCUCCACCACGACCUCGACGCGCUCCAGUGCGCCCUCGGCCUCUACGGCAUCGCCGCCCGACUCGAACUGGAGACGCCGCCCGAACCGCCGCCGCGGCCGCCUGCGCCGGCGGCAGACGCAGGUUCGCCCGGGGUCGCGGGCAACGACGAGGCGGAGGCGCCGAAAGGCGAGCCGAAGAACGCGGCGACGGAGUACACCCACGUGCUGGGCAAGCGCGUGUUGGUCGAGGGCUGGAGCGCGCCCGUGGCCGAGGCGCUCGACGCGUGCUACGUGGCGGCGUUUGAGCGCACCUUCCGGCGGCCGGUGCCGCGACCGGUCUGCGAGGAGGACGGGCGGGUGCUGCCGUUGAACUUUUUGGCGCUGGAGCUCUUUGCGCUGUGUUUCUGGGACGCGGAGUUGCUCGAGACUAAGGCGCACACGAGUGCGGGGCGGCACCGCGGCUCGAGUCGUUUCGUGACGAACGAGUCGGUGGCCCGGAUGGCGGCGCCUUCCGCGUUGCGUUCGCGCGACGUGACGCUCUGUGCGCUGCUCUGCGUGCCGCCGCCUCCCUUCUUCCUGUAUCACACGGGCGACGACUACUACCGGCACACUUGUGUUACGCCGCUGGUGCAGUCGGUGAACGACCUGCGUACGGAGCUAGUUUUCGGUGACCGGCGGCAGGCCGGGGAGGAGGAGGGCAGUCCGCCAGCGCCGCGUGAGGGUGCGAGUCAGCCGGAUCCGUUCCUCUCGGUCUCGAUCCGGGCGUGCGCUGCGGGGCAGCACAAGCACAUCGUGAACAACACGGAGCUGGGGAGUGUGCUGGUGGCGGCGGGUGUACGUCACCUCUUCAAGUUGGACGCCGUCUUGCGUCGCGCACUGGCCACGGUCAAGCAGUGCACCGCCUCGCUGGGUGCGGGCACCGCGGCGGCGGGGGCGGGUGCGGCUGGUGCAGGUACGGAGGAGGAGGUGGAGGAUGCGUUGCACGCGAUCGACAACGCGUUGUUGAAGCAGCACCGUGCGUUGAUCCAUUGCGCUCAUCCCCGACGAGUUCCUUGA